CUUUUUAGGGGAAGCUGGUGCAAACAUUAUUGAGGUCUCUAAGGAAGCCAGAAAACGGUUUCUGGGACCUCUGCAUCCAUCAUUUAAUCUGGUGAAGAUAAUUCGGAACUGCCUGUACAAGACGCUACCGGAUGAUGCACAUGAAAAUUCUACUGGGCGGCUGGGAAUAUCCCUGACCCGUGUGUCCGAUGGAGAGAAUGUGCUUCUAACACAGUUCAACACCAAGGAAGAGCUUAUACAGGCCUGUGUAUGCAGUACAUUUAUUCCUGUAUAUUGUGGACUCAUCCCUCCAUGCCUACAAGGAGUAAGGUACGUGGAUGGAGGUAUUUCUGAUAAUCUGCCUCAGUAUGAACUGAAGAGAAUACGAUCACCGUCUCACCAUUCUCAGGUGAAAGUGACAUUUGUCCCCGCGAUGGCUGCACCAACAUUCAUGAACUCAGAGUCACCAACACCAGCAUACAGUUUAACCUCAGUAACCUGUACCGCCUGUCAAAAGCCCUCUUCCCUCCAGAGCCCCAGGUGCUCAAGGACAUGUGUAAGCAGGGUUACAAGGAUGCUUUGCACUUCUUAAAGCGGAAUGGACUACUUAACCGACCGCAGCCUAUGGGGUAUCUUGCCCUGCAACCUGCUGCCAGUCCACCCAAUCAGAAUGAGGAGAACAAUGAGGUGAAGGAAGAAUCUACAGAAAACUCUGUGGUGGAGGAGGCUGAGGCACAUGUGUUUGAGCAUCUCCCUCAGAGACUCAAUCAAGCACUACUGGAGGCCUGUACAGAGAAGCGCAGUGUAUUCCUAUCAAUAUCUAAUCUGUUGCCUGUACGCUUGGCAUCUGCAUUGAUGCUACCAUACACUUUACCUCUGGAAUCUGCAGUGUCGUUCACAGUCAGACUUUUGGAAUGGCUUCCUGAUGUGCCCGAGGAUAUUCGGUGGAUUAAAGAUCAGACGCGCAAAGUAUGUCGCUAUAUUCUUAGGAAAGCUAAGAAGAAGCUGGGCAGUCACAUAUCAGCCAGGCUCUACUACCAUUUGGAGCUCAGGAGAUCUCAGAGCCUUCCUGUUCCCUUGGUCUUUGGAGGCAGUGAGUCUUUGCCCAGGUGGAUUAGGAGCAAUACCUCCUUAAUGGACAUGAUGCAGAAAUGGGAGGAAUAUCAGAGGCAACUGAUACCUGGACUGUUCUGCAUCAAUGUGGAUAUGCAGGCAACACUCUACCACCAUCAACAGCCACAGCAUCCUGAGCUUUCCAUGGAUCCUAACAGUCUGCUAAUGGUAGAGGUGACCAAACCAAACAGCUUGGAAGCACCAUGA